CCCGGCGGGUGGAGGUGUGAAGGCGACCGAGGACCUGAGGGGGAGUCGGGCCGGUGGGGCCGCCGCCGCCGCCAUGCAGGAAAUCAUCGCUAGCGUGGACCACAUCAAGUUCGACUUGGAGAUCGCGGUGGAGCAGCAGCUCGGGGCGCAGCCGCUGCCCUUCCCCGGCAUGGACAAGUCGGGGGCUGCUGUCUGUGAAUUCUUCUUGAAGGCCGCCUGUGGCAAAGGGGGCAUGUGCCCAUUUCGCCACAUCAGCGGUGAGAAGACAGUUGUAUGCAAACACUGGCUGCGGGGGCUGUGCAAGAAGGGGGACCAGUGUGAGUUCCUGCAUGAGUACGACAUGACCAAGAUGCCCGAGUGCUACUUCUAUUCCAAAUUUGGGGAGUGCAGUAACAAGGAGUGCCCCUUCCUGCACAUUGACCCUGAGUCCAAGAUCAAGGACUGCCCUUGGUACGACCGCGGCUUCUGCAAGCAUGGUCCCCUGUGCAGGCACCGGCACACACGGAGAGUCAUUUGUGUGAAUUACCUCGUGGGAUUCUGUCCAGAGGGGCCUUCGUGUAAAUUCAUGCACCCUCGAUUUGAACUGCCCAUGGGAACCACCGAGCAGCCCCCACUGCCACAGCAGACGCAGCCUCCGACAAAGAGAGCCCCGCAGGUCAUCGGGGUCAUGCAGAGUCAAAACAGCAGUGCAGGCAACCGGGGACCCAGGCCGCUGGAGCAGGUCACCUGUUACAAGUGUGGUGAAAAAGGACACUAUGCCAACAGAUGCACCAAAGGGCACUUGGCCUUUCUCAGUGGACAGUGACAGCAGCUGGAGCCAACUCAGAGCAGCCUGAGAGGCCCAUUGUUGGGGACAACUCUGGGCCGUCCUCAGGAGCAUGUGUUGAACUGUUCAGCACCAGUAUUGGUGCGACCCUGGCUAGAGCUGGCAGGCAGGCACACUGGGGUUUAUCAUUCGAGGGGCUAUUUCUGUCAGUUUCCCUACCAUUUUGCUGUAAUUUUUUUUUUUUUUAAGGGACAUGUGCUCUAGUUUGGUCCCUCAAGUCGGCAUCAUGUUUGUCGAGACAUCAAGCCUCCUGUCUGGGACUCCCCACACCUCUGCCCUCUGGGGAGGAGAAGUUUUGGGGCAGGGGCUUGCGCUCAGCAGUUCUGUAAGGAAGAUGGUCCUUCCCCUCAGGGCUUCAUUAAACACCAGUUCUUGGUGAUCCCAGGGGCUGGUGGAUCAUUUAAAGCUGCAGCCAGCUCAGGCUCACUUCCUCCAUGUCCUGCUGAAUUCAGAAGCUGUGCCUAUCAAUGUGAUUUGAACGAGGUAGCCCUCAGGGCAAACUCAAGUGCGCUUGUUGUCUCAGCCUGGUCCUGCUCUCUCCAAGGUGGCAGUAGUUGAGAAGAGGUGUGCAGUAUUCUCGAGUGAAGGGUCUUUUCUUCUGGGUUAUGUUCUUGAGGCACCUGCUUAACAUUGUUCAAGGUAUGCCUUAAGCUGGAGCUGCAGGCCACCCUUUAAAUCGUGACCCAGUCCUUCUGUGCACCUACCUCCUGCCCCAGCAAGAGUCUGUACUGUAACUCAGACACCUUUGGCCUAUGGAGACCACCCUGCCUAUGCCUGGAAAUGUGAAGCCGUCACCUGCAACCACUGGGCAAGUGGCCUGUUCAAGUUCAAUUACAAGAACAAUUUUUAUGAAGUUGAUUAAAGCUUG